GAGAGGACUUUGGGAAGACAUUGCAAUCGCUGUUCCGCUUUCCGAAGCGCAAUUGCCAGAGGAUGACAUUUGCUGCCGUCGUCUCGGGGGUAUCCGCACUUUGCUUCUUUUACGCGGCGGCUGAGGUCUCGCAAACUCCGAAAUCCCAAGGCAAUCGCCUCUCAGUUGUUAGUUGGUGUUUAGAUGGUGUUACAAAAGUGGGUUAUUACAAUGGAUCAGUGACACUCACUGUGACUGGAGAAACAUGUCUGAAGUGGACAGAAUUUCCAGACUAUGUGCAGCAAUAUCCAAACAAGGGCCUUGGUGAUCAUAACUUCUGCCGAAAUCCUGAUGAGGAACCAAUUCCAUGGUGUUUCUACAGAAAAGAAACAGGAUCGAUAAGCUGGUUAGAAUGUGACUGCAAUCACGGUGCGGUCCGAUUGAGCGGAGGAGCCAGACAAGAUGAGGGAAGGGUAGAAUUCUUUUACAAUGGACAGUGGGGCACUGUCUGUGACAGCCACUGGGAUGAUCGAGAUGCAAGUGUGGUGUGCCGUCAGUUGGGUUUGAGUGAAGUAGGUAUUGCUAUGAAGAAUUCAUACUUUGGACCAGGGACAGGACCCAUUCAUAUGCAGGUUGUGCAUUGUCGUGGAGAUGAGACAGCCUUGCUCUGGUGUAGAAACAGCACAUUAAGAACAGGAGAAUGCAGUCAUGAAAAUGAUGUGGGAGUUUCGUGUGGACUUCCAAAAGGUUCAGUAAUCCCCAUCCGUUUAGUUGGAGGCAAGGAGGACUAUGAAGGUAGAGUUGAAGUUUUUCAUGCUGGAAAGUGGGGGACAAUCUGUGAUGACCAGUGGGAUGAUUCAGAUGCGGAGGUUGUCUGUAGACAUUUGGGACUAAGUGGAACUGCCAAAUCAUGGACAUGGUCUCAUUUUGGCCAUGGGUCAGGCCCUGUAUUACUGGAUGAAGUUGAAUGCACAGGCAAUGAACUGCAUUUGGAUCAGUGCAAGAAAAGUAACUGGGGAGAACAUAACUGUGAUCAUAAGGAGGAUGCUGGUGUGACCUGUAACCUAUUUACAGAGGGUGUUGUACGACUGGUUGGAAACAGAGAAUACAGUCAAGGAAGGUUAGAAAUAUAUCAUAAUGGAGCUUGGGGAACAGUGUGUGAUGACAAAUGGAGUGAACUGAAUGCACAGGUUGUCUGCCGGCAGCUUGGAUUCAGUGGACCUGCAUCUGUAGCACCAGAGGGAAAGUUUGGACAGGGAACUGGAUUCAUAUUCCUCGAUGAUGUAAUUUGCACAGGGAACGAGGUGCAACUUUUGGAAUGUGCUCGAAGUAACUGGGGCCAACAUGAUUGUUCUCAUCAUGAGGACGUAGGCGUAGAGUGUAAACCGGAAGAGACUAAUAAAAUAACUGAAUCUAAUGUAGGACCACCCAUUCGACUAGUGGAUGGAGAAGCCAGCAAGGAGGGACGUGUGGAGGUGUACUUCAACCGAGAAUGGGGAAGUGUCUGUGACGAUGAUUGGACGAACAGAGAAGCAGUAGUGGUCUGCAGACAGUUGGGUUACAAUGGUCCAGCAAAAGCCAGGACAAUGGCAUAUUUUGGCGAAGGCCAAGGACCUAUCCAUCUGGAUAAUGUUAAGUGUAUGGGCCACGAAUACUCACUCAGCGACUGUGACACACAGGACUUCGGGAUUCACAACUGCUUGCACAGUGAGGAUGCGGGCGUGAUCUGCAAUUACAAGGAGGAUGUACUGGAAGAGUUCAGCAGGGGAGACUCCAUGCCUUCAAUCUGUGGGCUACGCUCGAUGAAUCAUCGCAAAAAGCGUAUUAUUGGAGGAAAGAAAACCAUCAGAGGUGGAUGGCCAUGGCAAGUGUCGCUGAGGCUCAAGACUUUUCAUCGAGGGACCCGCUUGUUGUGUGGAGCCACGUUAAUCAGCAACUGUUGGGUGCUGACAGCAGCUCACUGUUUCAAAAGGUUUGGUGAUGAGACAAGACACUACUUUGUUCGAGUAGGAGAUUAUCACACUGGUGUGGAAGAUGAAUAUGAGAGGGAAGUGCCUGUGGAAAGGAUUGUAAUCCACAGAAACUAUAAGGCAGACAGCAGUGAUAAUGAUAUAGCAGUGGUCAGAAUGAAGGGCAGGGAAGGACACUGUGUGACAUUUAAUCAGUACACAAUGCCAGUAUGUUUACCAGAGAGAAGGGGAAAAGCCAGAAUAAACAGGCAGGCCUGUUUCAUCACUGGCUGGGGAGAUACAGGAAGGUCCUAUUCAAGAACAUUGCUUCAGGGCGCCGUUCCCUUAUUACGGAAGCAAGUCUGUGCCAGUCGUUACAGGAACAAGUUUACAUCCCGGAUGAUAUGUGCAGGAAAUUUGUCUGAACACAACCGGGUUGACAGCUGCCAGGGGGACAGUGGUGGCCCACUCAUGUGUCAGAGGACAAGUGGGCGCUGGGUCAUUUUAGGGAUUACUUCCUGGGGUUAUGGGUGUGGGAGGAAGGAUUCUCCUGGAGUUUACACAAAGGUGUCCAAGUUUGUCUCGUGGAUCAAGAAAGUGACAGCAUUAAAGUAAAAUAAGAAGAAACCUGGUUCAAAGAAAGAUAAUGACUAAUGUGAAGUGCAAACA